GAACUUGUUAACUCAGGUCAGAACCACAGCAAAACUUGGUAACUCGGGUCAGAACUUGUUAACUUGGGUCAGGACUUGGUAACUCGGGUCAGAACCACAUCAGAACUUGUUAACUCGGGUCAGAACUUGUUAACUCAGGUCAGAACCACAGCAAAACUUGGUAACUCGGGUCAGAACUUGUUAACUCGGGUCAGGACUUGGUAACUCGGGUCAGAACCACAUCAGAACUUGUUAACUCGGGUCAGAACUUGUUAACUCGGGUCAGGACUUGUUAACUCGGGUCAGGACUUGGUAACUCGGGUCAGAACCACAUCAGAACUUGUUAACUCGGGUCAGAACUUGUUAACUCGGGUCAGGACUUGUUAACUCGGGUCAGGACUUGGUAACUCGGGUCAGAACCACAUCAGAACUUCUGCUCUCGGUCUCGCCAGCAGGCGGCGCUGUUUCCACCUGAACAACUACCUCUUUAUUUGUUGAAGGACUAUGUUGUAAAAAUCUUUAAAAGUCUUGUUUUUCUCGGCCUUUUGGACCUGUUCCGGGUCUGCAGACCGGUUCGGGGGACGGAGGGGAGACUUCUCCCUGAGGACCAGUGGACCGGCCCGGGUUCGGUCGUUUUUCAUGGUUUUUCUGCUCRCUGUCUGGAGCUUCUUCUGCAAAAACAAGUUAGCUGAAGAGCUAAUCCUAAAAGUCCCGUCAGCGGUUCGGAUUUAAAGUUUCUCCUCAGAGACGGAACCGCUGCACAGAAGCUGGGAACUCACUGGUAUUUAGCUUCAUCUGGACCGGUUCUGGUUCGGAUUAAAGCUGAAACUAGUUUUAUUUUCGUCACAGAAAGAGGAGCGAUUCAAGCGGAACUGCGGGUGAAACCCGUCGCUUCGGCCCGCAGACCCGCACGGAACCGGUGCUUAUUGUAGGCAGAAAAUGCGGUAAUCGGACGUGGUUCGGGUGUUCGGUCCGCUGACUCGGUGGCUCUGGGUUCGCUGCGUGUGAGGCCUGCGGGUCGGGCUUCCACCGGGCUCGAUUACGGUCCGUCCCCGCCGUAGGAGGCUCGGAGGCCGGCUGUUAGCGCCACCCACCGCCGGCCUGCGGACCGAGAGAUGGAACGGAUGGAAGUGGACCAAUGCGCAGGCGCAGCUGGCGGAGCAGGAGGCGGGGCUCUACGGAGGUCAAACAGCGCCCCCAUGAUCACCGGUGUCAGUGGAAUCCAUCGCAGGACAGCGGCGUCACGCCCAACUCCUCUCCGAGCCCCACCCGCAGGUUCAGACCUGCGGUCAGCGCCGCCGUCAGAUGGCCCGUGUUAACGCCGCUGAAGAGAAAAGGAGGGGUGGACUCAGACGGACCUCCAAAAAAGCUCUUUGUUGCCGGGGUAACAGACCCCGCCCACCGCAGCAGCUACACCAUCAGUGUCUCUCAGUCGACGGUGAAUUCUCCUCCUGUGGGAGGGGCCAACCCACAGCCCCGCCCAUUGUCUCUGUCUCCACCCCCUUCCUUCACCCCAUUCACGUCCCAGCAGCACCCGGGACACUAACACUGUGGGUCCACCUUCUAACC